AUGUCGAAUCAGCGCGCAGGCGCCGAUGCUCACGACCGCACAGCUCAUCUAAAUGGAGUAUUGCAGAACAACUCACAGGUCACAGGUAACGAGCGGCCCAUCAGAACACACGCACAGACCACUACGACCACUCAGCACACACAAUACGCACAGACACGCACAAUACAAUAUGCCAACAAAACGCAAGGCAACGCAAAGGAACGCAACGCAAAGGAACGCAACGCAAAGGAACGCAACGCAAAGGAACGCAACGCAACGCAAAGGAACGCAACGCAAGGCAACGCAAAGGAACGCAACGCAAAGGAACGGCAGGCGAUCCUGCGAAGAAGUAAUCAGUUAAGCUCGACAGGACAAUGCGCAAGGUCCAGGGAUCUCGGACCUUUAAGUGGGACUGGAACACCACUGAACACACCCGCGGGCGUCAAAUGA